AUGGCUGAGAACGCUGGAAACCAAGGAGAACCAGAGCCCCAAGUCAAAACUCAAACUGAAUUUGUCAGGCCUCCCAUUGACCUUUGGCGAGAUAUAAAAAAUGCCUUCAAUUUUCUCUUAUUUGAUCCUCGAUGCUAUGCGCUCCUGAUACCAAUGAUUCCUUUAUGUGAAUCAGUUAUGUUAAAGGCCAUCAUCCGCUUUGUUCCCUAUACAGAAAUAGAUUAUCAGGCGUAUAUGGAGCAGAUUGAGAUGAUUACCGUUCGCGAUCAACUGGACUAUUCCAAAAUUAAGGGGUCGACAGGUCCGUUGGUCUACCCAGCAGGUCACGUAUGGCUAUACCGAUUGAUGUAUUGGCUGACCGACGGCAUGAAUAACGUAAAAGAGGGACAAGCUUUCUUCAGUUUUUUGUAUCUAUUGACGAUGGUAUCACAAGUGGUACUAUAUCAACAGCUGAGUUUACCACCCUGGUGCGCCAUACUUGCGUGUUUCUCCAAGAGGCUUCAUUCGAUUUAUGUGUUGAGACUGUUCAAUGACUGUUUUACGACACUCUACAUCAUCUGGACAGUACUACUGCUGGUUAUUGCCGCCAAGCAAACGGUGUCAAAAAGAGCGAAGAAACUACUGGCGUUUGCCGCAGCUAUCACCUACAGUAUCGCAGUAAGCAUAAAGAUGAAUGCACUGCUGUACCUGCCGGCAGUCACGGUCUCGCUGUAUCUCGUCAACGGUGCAAAUCUCGCACUCACCGCGAUCAACGUGCUUACGAUUCUUGCCUGGCAGAUCCUCGUCGCCCUCCCGUUCCUCAGAUCGCAUCCCUACGACUACCUCCAGUGCGCAUUCAAUUUCAGGCGAGAGUUCAUGUACAAAUGGAGCGUCAACUGGCAGUUCCUGGACGAGGACGGCUUCCAAAACCCGUGGUUCCACCGCAUGCUGCUUCUCAGCCAAUUCGUCAGCAUCCUCACCAUCAUCCUGAUCACCUUCCCCGCCCUCCCAGCCAUGCUGCUGCGCUCGCUGAGACGCCCGGCCACCACUUUCCCAACCCUCCUCUCAGAAUCGCCCAUCGCAUUCGUCCUCGUCGCCACAAACUUCGCAGGUGUCCUCUUCUCCCGCUCCCUGCACUACCAAUUUCUCUCCUGGUACCACUGGACCAUCCCCUGUCUCUUCCACUACGCCCGUAUCCCGUGGCUGCUGGCUCCAGCAUGGUAUUUUGCCCACGAAUGGUGCUGGAACUCUUUCCCGCCCAAUUCUGCCGCCAGUGCCCUCCUGUUCACCCUGAACGCCUCUCUACUUCUCUCACUGGUCUGCCACAUUAAUUCCACCACCCCACCGCCACACUCCGCCAACAAGAAGCUCCAAUAG